UCUUUCCUUUCCUUUCACUCCUUUUUUUCCUUCCUUCCCUCCUUUCCUUUCCUUCCCAGUUUUUUUCUUUUUUUUAUUCUGACUUCCCUUCCUUUCACUCCUUUUCCUUAUCUUCCUUUUUUUCUGCCUUCCUUCCUUCCCUCCUCUCCUUUUCUUUCUUUCCUCUCCUUUAUUUUCCCUCCUUCCCCAUACUUUUCCUAGCUAUCCCUCUUCCUUUUAAGCCCCUCCCCUUCUUUUUCCUUUCCUUACCUUUUUUUCCUUCCCUCUCUCCUUCCUUCUCCCCACAUACUUUCCCUAGCCAUCCCCACACCCACACACUCAUCCCAACCCCAACGUUCCCCCAAUCAACGCUCCAUCCCCCACAGGUCAUCGCAGUGCUGGUGUUCGUCUCUGUCAUGGUCUCGGAAGACCCUCGCGGCGGCACCUCGGACUGGAUCUCCUUCUCGUCCAUGGGCAGCUUCUGGUUCAGUGGCAUGUUGUUCGUGAUGUACCUCGUCAAUGCUGUGGUCGUCCUCACUGACGUGCCCUGUGGAAUGCUGGAGCUGGUCUACACAUGUCUCUGGACGGCCUUCUGGCUUGUGUCGGGCUGUUUGGCGGCGGACUUCGCGAGUAAAGGCGCGGAUGUCGCCUUCAUCGUCGCCGCCUCCCUCAGCUGCGUGGCCACUAUCGUCGUCGGCCUCACCGCCUUCCUGCUGUACAAGAAGCGGAGGGCGGGAGCGCUGUCCUCUGCCCAGCCGCUCCGCACACACACCGACACCUCAGAUGUGAAUUACUCUUAACCCCUUGGAUGAAGACUUCCUACCAGAAUACAUCACCAAACUACAGGAGUCGAGCACUAAGUGGCUGCUACAAUUCAGUGAAGAAAAAUGUAAAAUCCUGCACCUUGGGAGGGGAAAUCCAGCACCCCAAUACCGCAUGGGAAACACUCCACUAUCCACCACAGACGCAGAGAAUGACCUGGGAGUGUAUGUUACCAGGCUACCAGUGAAGGGAUAUCCAACACACCAGUACCACAUGGGGAACACUCCACUAUUCACCACAGAGGCAGAGAAAGACCUGGGAGUGAAUGUUAUCGGGAUACCAGUGAAGGGAUAUCCAACACACCAGUACCACAUGGGAAACACUCCACUAUCCACCACAGAGGCAGAUAAAGACCUGGGAGUGUAUGUUACCAGGCUACCAGUGAAGGGAUAUCCAACACACCAGUACCACAUGGGGAACACUCCACUAUCCACCACAGAUGCAGAGAAAGACCUGGAAGUGAAUGUCAUCGGGAUACCAGUGAAGGGAUAUCCAACACACCAAUACCACAUGGGAAACACUCCACUAUCCACCACAGAGGCAGAGAAAGACCUGGAAGUGUAUGUUACCAGGCUACCAGUGAAGGGAUAUCCAGCACACCAAUACUACAUGGGAAACACUCCACUAUCCACCACAGAGGCAGAGCAAGACCUGGGAGUGUAUGUUACCAGGCUACCAGUGAAGGGAUAUCCAGCACACCAAUACCACAUGGGAAACACUCCACUAUCCACGACAGAGGCAGAAAAAGACCUGGUAGUGUAUGUUACCAGGCUACCAGUGAAGGGAUAUCCAGCAUACCAAUACCACAUGGGAAACACUCCACUAUCCACCACAGAGGUAGAGAAAGACCUGGUAGUGUAUGUUACCAGGCUACCAGUGAAGGGAUAUCCAGCAUACCAAUACCACACGGGAAACACUCCACUAUCCACCACAGAGGCAGAGAAAGACCUGGGAGUAUAUGUUACCAGGCUACCAGUGAAAGCCAAACCCAUGCCAAUCACAGCGGAUGAGUUAAGAAUAUUGAGCUUAGCCUCUGCCCUGAGUCAUAGUUGCACAGGAUUAUUGUCUGGUCUGUCCGUCACCUCCUUGCCAUCAUGUCUUCGUGUCUGUACAUCAGUCACACAGCUUUUUGGCGGCAGGCCAACAAUCAACGAAUCUUCACCAUACAACUGUACACUCCUACUGUCUUACCCAUUCCCCCACCUGUACCUUUACCACUAACCCACUUCCUCUCCCUACUAUACCCUUGAUUAAAAAAAAGGGGGCACAUUCAUAAACAUUUCGCAGCCCCAGCUCCCAGGGCUUGACUGUAUGAGGAAUGUUAUGAAAGAUAAACAAAAUUUCACUUCAGAAAGCAUAUCUUUAAGGAAAAUAAUCAAAGGUCAAACAUUUCUUUCAUAUCUGUAUUAGGAAAAUUUUGAAGGGAGAAUUAUUUCUCAUUAAGUUUUUAGAAAAGAAAUCAUCAAAUAAAUCUAUUAUUAUUAUUUAUCUCAAUUUUUA